ACGACCCCGCCGCAUAUCAAGAUGGCCAAGGCUAAGGCGGCAGCACCCUCAUCCUCCGGCGGAGGCAAGUCUGCAAAGAAGAAGAAGUGGUCGAAGGGCAAGGUCAAAGACAAGGCGACUCACGCCGUUGCCCUUGACAAGGCCACGUACGACCGCAUCAUGAAGGAGGUCCCGACCUUCCGCUUCAUCUCCCAGAGUAUCCUCAUCGAGCGUCUGAAAGUCAACGGCAGUCUCGCCCGCCGCGCGAUCGCGCAUCUGGAGAAGGAGGGUCAGAUCAAACGGAUUGUACACCACAGCAGCCAGCUGAUCUACACACGAUUAACGACCGCCUCGGACUAGAGGGUCUCGCUGUUCGUCGUUAUGCUCCCUUCAUAGGCAUCUAUAUCUGUAGUCCUCGCAUGCACAUGUACUUUCGCGCUCUCCACCCAAAAUCUAUGCACUGAGCAGGCUAUCUCGGUGAGAGGAUUCCUGUGGGCUCCGGUACAAGCAGGUUACAAGGCGGCUUGCGGAGCAUGAGGUUCGGAAGGGAAUGGAUGGCGCGGCGGAACGACCCUAUACUGCGUUGAUCGAAACAGUUCAUGCUUUUUCUUCCAUCCGCU